UUAUAGAUUAAGAUCUUAUUAAGCUUUUUAUUAUAAAUCAUCAUCAUCUAUCAUAAAUGAAAAAUGUUUUUCUUAUUAAGAUUAGGUAAAUUAAAGGUAUUAUAAGAAAAGAAAGCAAAAAAUGACACCUAUAUGGGAAGUAUAAACAUUGUAAUCCUAUAAAUAAAUAAAUAUUUGCAUUUUGAGAUUUUAUUAUUCUAAAUAAAACGCUUUCGAUCAGGAUGGUCGCCCCCUUAGCUCGAUCCCACGUACCAUGCACGUACAUGUUUGUCCCUCUCGCUCUCUACGAGCUGAAGCUAGAAAGAGAGACCCAUCCGAUCGACGGCAUAGAGAAUAUAUACAUACAUACGUGCGCAGUAUAUAUAAUUGCGUGAUAGAGUAAAAUAUAUACUCCGUAUUAUAUAUAUAUAUGUAUAUACUAGCAGGCAGCAGCUAGCUUCAAUCCUCAAUCCUCAAUCCUCAUCAUAUACAGUACAUAUAUAUAGAGCGAGAGAGAGAUGGGGAAUGAGGAGAGGAGCUUGGUGGUGGUGCAGCGGUGGUUGAAGAUGCAUGCAAAGCCAUACAUCGGCGUGGUAUUCUUGCAAGUUAGCUACGCAGCCGCUUCACUAGUUUCAAAGGCAGCACUCAAUCAGGGAAUGAACCAUUACAUUUUUGGUGUUUACCGGAAUCUCAUCGCCGCCGCCGUCUUUGCUCCCUUUGCCGUACUCUUUGAAAGGUCUCCUUUCUUCUUCAUUUCCACUCCUCUUACCUUAAUUUCUCUCCGGGAGCCAUGCAUAUGAAAAUUGGGUUUAAAAGGAUCGAAGAACUGAUCUACACUAGCUAGAAUCAUGGUGUACGUGCAAGUCUCGGGCACCCUAAAUUUUUCUCAACUUUUUAAAUCAAUGCAAAUUAUUUUAUUUUAUUUUUCAUGAUUUAGCCAACCUCAUAUUUAUUUUAUCUAGUAUAAUUACUCUUUAAUCCGAUUCAAUUUUAAUCAGAUUUCUAGAUCGGUCCACAUCGGUCAAACUGGGUUACGUUGGGCUAGUGCAAAAAAAGAAAUUGGAAAAAUAUGAAUGCAAUUUUAUGGAAUAUAAAAAGGAACAAUGGAUCUACACUAGCUAGGACUAUGGCGGCGUGCAAGUCCAGUGCAUUCUAAAUAUUUCUUAAUUUUAUUGUAAAUUUUAUUUUUCAUUUACUGAACUUGAUAUUGAUUUAAUUCAGAUUUCUAGAUAUGUGUGUGCAGUGGCGCAUGCGGGGGCUCAAACUGGGCUUGACUAGUAGAAGAAAGAAUUUGAAAAAAAAUUAACAAAACAUAUUCAGUAAUAUUUAAAGUUUUUUUUUUUUAAAAAAAUAUAGACACUUCUGUAGUGCCAUUUUAUCUAAAGAAAUUGCUUCAAAUAUGAAUAAAUUAACUUCUAGACAAAGUGCACAAAAAUGAGUAAUAAUCAUGUUUUGUUACCAAAUUAACAGUUAUUUAAUCAUAUCAAAAGUAUAAAACGUGCCCAAUAAGGAGUUAAUUAGUCCAAUAUAUUUUAAAAUAAAAUAAUGAUGAUCAUAUUUAUACUCUUUGUCUAGUUUUUAGUUUUAUUUAAGUAUUUUCUCUUUCAUCCUACAUAGGGUUGUUUCUUUCACGUUUUUGUUUACGUUUAUAUGUGCUGUCUUGCAUGCUUUGCUGACGACUAGAAAACCUUUGUUUUAUUAAAAAGAAGGCCAACAAAAUUAAACUUAUCAUUUUUUGAACGCUUUAAGAUUGAUACAAGACAAUAAAAUCCGUUUGUUGAUGAUAUGCUAAAUAAUAAGCACUCUUUUUUUAACACGAAAAAGAUAUCGUGAAGUAUUGGAAAUGAUGGGGUACUUUGAUUAUAUAUAUUGCUAUUGCUAUAUAUAGAGUUGUAGACGCUGGUACGCACCACCAUCACACAAUCACACGUAUAAAUCGUGUUUUGCCUGAAUAAAUUAAACAAUCUUGUGUCAUAAAUAUGAUAUAUGCAAGUAGUGGUGUAAAUUAAAAGAUAUUGUCACAAAAGUACUUUCGUAAACAAUGAGGGGACAAUUUAAAUAGGACUAAAACACAUAAUUCAAUUUCUCAAGAAAGUAAGACCAAGAAUGACCAUCGCCAUCUUCUGGAAGAUAAUGCUACUGGCCUUGUUUGAGCCGGUUAUCGACCAAAACCUGUAUUACGCAGGGAUGAAGUACACAACGGCAUCAUUUGCAGCAGCAAUGUGCAAUCUUCUUCCUGCCAUCACAUUUUUGUUGGCUUGGACAUUCAGGCUUGAAGAGGUGAACAUCAGGCGGUUGCGCAGCCAAAGCAAAAUCAUGGGUACAACGUUAACCAUUGGGGGUGCAAUGAUAAUGACACUUGUUCGAGGGCACAUUAUUGAAUUUCCAUGGACGACGCCACACCACCAAAUCCAGCAACCGGUUAGUGCAACAGCCCCACACCACGAUCAUCAUGUCAAAGGCGCAGCUAUGAUCGCCGCAGGAUGUUUUAGUUGGUCCUGCUUUUACAUUCUUCAGGCAAUGACGUUAAAAUCAUAUCCAGCUGGACUAUCGCUGACAACUCUCAUAUGCACAUUUGGGGCAUUACAAAAUCUUGUUUUAGCUCUAGUGGUUGAGCGUGGCGAUCAUUCUAUAUGGUCUAUACACUGGGACAUCAUAUUAGUGGCCUAUAUUUACAAUGGAAUUGUUCGAUCUGGAGUUGUAUAUUAUGUCUCGGGAGUAAUCAUGAAUGAAAAGGGGCCAUUUUUUGUUACUGCAUUUAAUCCAGUAGGCAUGAUUAUGGUCGCCAUGAUUGGAUCCUUCCUCUUUCAAGAGCAAUUAGAUUAUGGAAAGGUUUUUGGAGCUCUGACUAUUAUUGCUGGAUUAUAUUUAGUGAUAUGGGGAAAGAGUAAAGACAAUAAGGCUUCUUCACCAUCAGUAGAGGAUGAUGAUAUUUUACGUACUGGUAUUAUAUCUACUAACAAUGAAGAUAUAACCCUGAGCAAGUCUUCAAAUGGAGAGAUAGAAGUUGGUGAUAUUGCCAAAGCACAUUUGGAUGAAGAUGUUGUCUAAUGUUUAAGACAAGUUUUUAAAAAUAAUGUGAGUGUAUAACUGUGCGCAUUUUGAUCAAUUACAUUUUGAUUAUUUUUAUAUAUAGUGUAAAUGCUUAUGUUUUAAAAGCCCAACUACUGAACUAGGAGCUAGCUAGCAAGGAUAAAUGAUCGGGUCACGUGACAAGCCAGCAUUGGGUCUCUUAAGACUAGAGGUUCCAUCAUAAAAAGUCAACCUUAAUAGGAGGAGUAACCCAAAGCCUUAUAUAGUGUUUUAUUGUUUUUAUACCUUUUCGGUGUGAGACAAAUACUCUGACAUGCUCCCUCAGCUCCAACCGGACUAGACAAUAUCGGAGUGUAUAAGUGGCAUGGGCCAAAUAGACCCUUAAGAAGCUCUCCUUAAUCAUGAGUGCUAAACAAGCAGUCAAAUCACAACCGAAGUUGGCUCUGAUAUAGACCCGGAGUUCCAUCCUAAAAGGUCAACUUUGAUAGGAGGAGGAGUCCAAAGUCUUAUAUACUACCUCUGUCCGACUAUGUUUGGGACAAGAAAGUGUGGCAUAACUUUUCAGAAAAAGUGUAAUUGUGUGUUUGGUAUUGAAUUCAUAAAGUGAAUAAAGUUAGAAUGAAUUGUAAUCACACAAAUAUUACCAAAAAUGGUAUAAGACAAAC